UUUUCCAUUGCUCCUAAUGCCACAGACUUGCUGCACUGCUCACACUCACCUCUUCGCUAACUUUUGGGAAGUUUUGUUGUCAUUUGUACUGCUGUGAUUUUGGGAUGCUUGAAAAGAAAAAAGGACAUUGCUGGGAUAUGUUGACACACUGAACAUCUGGAGGUCUCUCUUUUUUAAAUUGUUUUUUCCUUUUAAUGUGAUACAUUGAUAGAACAUCUCCAAGGAAGGAAAGAAGGGAGAACACAGGACUGACCUUACUCAUUCACCCUGGAUUGGGGGGGAUUUGGCUGUUCCCCCUCUUUUGGACCUCUCUCAUUUCCCGUGUAGCUGGGCCCUUGCAAUCGGGAUUACACACAAGGCAGACUGGACUACACGUUGCGGCACAUAUUGGAGGUGCUGAGAGAAGGGAUACAUUGAUAUAUUGCAGCAGAGAUCUGUCCCCAGAGAUUAGCUAGAACCUCGCUGUUUAGUCUCACCAGACACACGCCUGCUGUAGGACAGGGGGAUCCUAUUACAAGAGACUCUCCAGGAACUUGGUCUCCCUGGUGGGGAGCGGAACUCUGCAGUGCCUCGAACCUCCUGGUGAUACGUCCGGCUCAUGCUUGCACAAAGCCAAUCCGAUGGGGAUGUUGUCAGCGUGGCUCUCAGGAAAAACAGGGGGUGGGUUCACUGACAGGAUAAUGCUGCUGUGCUUAAUUCUGACCAGCUUGGCAAUAGCCCGUCCGUCUUACAGUCGGGUGGAAGACACCACUGUUGAACCAGAAGAACCUCCAACCAAAUACCAAAUCUCUCAACCGGACGUUUUUAAUGUUUUGCCUGGUGAGGCUCUCGAUCUGCAUUGCCCUCAGAGUGAUGCUACCCAGGUGACAUGGACUAAAGAUGGGGUGAAAUUAGAAGCCAGCAAUAGGACGGUGAUUGUCAGGAACUUCUUGCAUUUACGAGAUACAUCCCCCAGGGACUCAGGGCUAUAUGCCUGUUUGGUGCCUAGAAGUGCACAGAGCAAUACCCAUUUCUUCCUUGUGAAUGUCACAGAAGCCAGUUCAUCUGGGGAUGAUGAGGAUGAUAAUGAUGGCUCAGAAGACUUCACCAAUGAUAGCAACAAAAUAGAGCCUCCUUACUGGACACAAACCGAGAAGAUGGAGAAGAAACUUCAUGCCGUUCCUGCUGCCAACACUGUGAAGUUACGUUGCCCCGCUGCAGGGAAUCCUACUCCGCGCAUGAGAUGGUUAAAAAACGGCAAGGAGUUUAAACAAGAGCACCGGAUUGGCGGGUACAAGAUCCGACCCCAACACUGGAGUCUAAUCAUGGAAAGUGUUCUACCUUCGGACAAAGGCACCUACACGUGCAUUGUGGAAAAUGAGCAUGGUUCCAUUAACCACACGUACCAUCUGGACGUCAUCGAGCGCUCCUCCCAUAGACCCAUUUUGCAGGCUGGGCUACCAGCCAAUACAACAGCCUACGUUGGCGGGGAUGCAGAGUUUGUCUGCAAGGUGUACAGCGAUGCUCAGCCUCACAUCCGCUGGGUGCGCUAUGUGGAGCAGAAUGGAAGUAGGUUUGGUGUGGAUGGACUUCCCUACAUGAAAGUUCUAAAGCACUCAGGAAUAAACAGCUCUAGUGCAGAGGUGCUGCAACUGCACAAUGUGACUGAAGCAGAUGCGGGCGAAUAUAUUUGCACGGCCUCCAAUUAUAUUGGAGAGGUCAACAGGUCUGCCUGGCUCAGGGUGGAGCUCAAACGACCAGAUCCACAGACCCUGAUGGAGGAAACAACUCUGCCUUAUUACAUGGAGAUUGGUAUAUACAUAGGUGCUGGCUUUCUGAUUACCUGCAUGUUGCUAUUCUGCAUUGUGUACCGCGUCAAACAAGGAAAUCGGAAGAAGAAGGAUUUCAGUGGCCCACCAGUAGUGCACAAACUCAGCAAACGAAUUCCUCUACACCGCCAGGUAACAGUUUCUACUGAUUCCAGUUCCUCAAUGAAUUCUACCACACCACUGGUGAGGAUCACAGCACGACUUCUAUCCAGUGCUGACACCAUGCUCCUACCAAAUGUCUCCGAAUACGAGCUGCCUCAGGACCCGAAGUGGGAAUUUCCAAGAGACAAGAUGACAUUGGGAAAGCCUCUAGGAGAAGGUUGCUUCGGCCAGGUUGUCAUGGCAGAGGCCCUAGGAAUUGAUAAGGACCGUCCCAAGGAAUCUGUGACAGUGGCUGUGAAGAUGUUGAAAGACGAUGCCACUGAGAAAGACUUGGCCGAUCUCGUAUCAGAGAUGGAGAUGAUGAAAAUGAUUGGAAAACAUAAAAACAUAAUAAACUUGCUAGGUGCCUGUACCCAGGGAGGCACUCUGUAUGUGAUCGUGGAAUAUGCUGCUAAAGGAAAUUUACGAGAAUACCUUCGGGCCCGUCGACCUCUGGAGAUGGAGUAUUCAUUUGAUAUCAAUAGGGUUCCUGAAGAACAGAUGACCUUUAAAGACUUGGUAUCCUGCACUUACCAGCUUGCUAGGGGCAUGGAAUACUUGGCAUCUCAAAAGUGUAUACACCGAGACCUUGCAGCCAGGAACGUGCUGGUCACCGAAAGCAACGUCAUGAAAAUUGCAGACUUUGGUCUGGCCCGAGAUGUCAACAAUAUUGAUUACUACAAAAAAACCACAAAUGGACGACUUCCUGUCAAGUGGAUGGCUCCAGAAGCCCUCUUUGACAGGGUCUACACUCAUCAAAGUGAUGUGUGGUCUUUUGGGGUGUUAAUGUGGGAGAUAUUCACUCUGGGGGGUUCUCCGUACCCUGGAAUUCCCGUGGAGGAACUUUUCAAGCUGCUGAAAGAGGGACAUAGGAUGGACAAGCCAGCUAACUGCACCAACGAACUGUACAUGAUGAUGAGGGACUGCUGGCAUGCUAUUCCUUCACAUAGACCAACUUUCAAACAGUUGGUGGAAGAUCUGGAUAGAAUCCUUACACUGACCACCAAUGAGGAAUACCUCGAACUAAGUGUCCCGUUGGAGCAGUAUUCUCCCAGCUUCCCAGACUCCUCCUGUUCUGCUUCCUCCUCUGGAGACGAUUCAGUUUUUUCCUCCGAUCCAAUGCCUCAUGAUCCCUGUCUCCCAAAAUAUCAGCACGUCAAUGGAAGUGUGAAAACAUGAGGUAUCCUGCGUUCUGCAGCCCUCUUCUCUAAACUGCUGGUCGUAACGACUAUUUCUGCAGAACGCAGGGGAAUGUGGACAUAUUGGUUGAAGAGAACAGAAUGAAAAGACAGCGGAGAGUGGACCUCUGCAACUUCCACUGCUAUCUUCAUGUGGACAUCACAUGGCUGGAGAUAAGAGUGGUAGACAGUGGCUAUGCUGUGAGCAGGAAAAGAAGUAAAAAGAAUAUUGACUAUUCAAGACACGAAAUAUCAGCUACUGAAUCUUUUCAUGAUUCUUCCAUUGAACUUAAGGCCGGUCCAUUUUUCUUGCCUUCCUUGUUAAUUUUUUUUUAUUUUGUAUCUUUUGUAAUAUUUUGAGAAUUUAUUCCAGCACCCUAACACACACACACACAUGCCUGAGCACAUACACAGCAUUAUCGCUGCUGGAAAUAAAAUGUAAAUAUAGUCAAAAUAUGUAUAAAUAUAUAAAUAUAUAUUAUAUAUUUACAAUGAAUUAUUUUUUUGUAUUGAUUAAAAAAGAAAAAAAAAAUAUUAGAGAAAAAAGUUUCUUUGUUGGAUGUUUGUUUAUUAGAAGUCACUGGCAUCUCCAGCAGAGACCAGAUAAAGAAAAUAAAAUGCUGGGAUUUUUCUUUGCUCUUAUAAGGUGCAGAAUCUCUAAUAUAUGUGUCAUUUUUGGGGCUAAAAUAUUCUAGGUUCUUUAAUAUGUUUCCCCCCUUUCUUAGAAGUAUCCCAGAGUUAAUUUAUUAAAUGUUUGUAACCAGAGAUUCCUGCUGCUUUUAUAAAAAUAACGCUCUGUGAGGAGACCUUGGCAGCCACAGAGUUAAAAAAAGAUGAUUAUGAUCCUGGUAGAUGUAAAUUUAAAACAUGAAUCAGAAGCAUACUUUGAUGCAAUGACAUCUUUAAAAGGCUAAGCUACAUAGACCGUAUUGUAAAAAUUUAUAUGAUAUUUAUGCUAUAAAAUGGAAAGGGGGAAAUCUUUCUUAAAAAAAAAAAUUAAAAAUAAAAUAAAAAAAUAAAGUUUCUUUUAUUGAAAAAGGAAGUGUAAUUUUGUAAAUGGAAUAAAAUAAUAGUAACCUGAAUUUGUAAAUAAUAAAAAUGUUUUGCUACUC